AUGCACAGUCACUGCUGUGCAGCGACGAAAGUCCCAGGGCGCUCCCACUCUGCGCUCAUACCCUAUGAUGUCAACAGCACACUGCAGUCUAACAACGGUACCCCACCACCGCACCCGCCCAACCCCUUGCUCCUCGCGCUUGUCAUUCCAUUCCAUGAGCCCGCGCCUAUCGAUGCAGUCUACGAAGCCUUCUGCGGCUCUCAAGGCCACGACCUGAUCAUGGAGUCCGACCCGCCACUGCACCGUCGUCGAAAGCCGACUAAGCGUCGAGGUCGCACGAGGCUUUCUUCUCUCCCUUCCUCGCCGCCCCCGUCAUCCUCCGCCCCGAACCCGGCAUCGUCUGAUUCUAGACCCGAUCGAAAACCCCCGGCCAGCCUCAGCAUACGCGCAGCGACACCCGCGAGGAAGCGAAAAGGUCUGCGUGCCCCGCCGACGAUUCCGGGGUAUGAGACUGCCCCAGUGUCCACCUCGCCAGAGAAGCAGAGAUACACGCCAGAGACUAUCGCUGAGCUGAAAAGGAAGGGCAACAAUUUACCUCCACCUGUAAGUGACGUUGCCGCGGAUGAGCAGUUCGUGCCAAAUGUCGAGGGGAAGGGUGGAUCUAAAACCACCAGUUUGGAGGACGCGGAGCUUGCGUUAAGAGAGGCAAAACUGGGAGAGAAUUCGGCCAAGUUUAAAGAAGACCCUGCCGGAAAAGGUGCGAGUGAUCUCGUCGGUGCGCAAUUGCGGCCGGAUCCGUUUUCUGCAGAGUGGCGGGACGCGACGAUAGGCCGAGCGAAUGUCGUCGCUGAAGAUGAUGUCGUAGUCGUUGACGACUUUACUGGCGUGACCGAUGCGGAGUACAUUCCGCUCGAGGGAGAUGCAGUCAUGAAAGACGCCGACGCGACAGGGGAUGCGGAGGAGGAAGGAAGCGAUGGAGAAUGGGAGCUCGAGCAGCUUCGACGAGCCGGACAUGGUGUGCAACGAGACGCCGACGCGAUUGCGCAGGAGAAGGCGCGGCAGAUCGUGCGCGAGGCGGACGAGCGCCGACGUCGCGGGGGGGGAUUCUCGGCAUGUCUGCGCGCGGCGCGCGAGGCGACGUUGGAAUGGGUGGCGAGGCAGGAGUUGGCGGAGGGGAAAAUGCGCCAGAUGGAGCAGGCUGAGCGAAGUGGCUCCGCCGUUGCCGUGGAGAUUGAUGGCGAGAUUGCGGGUGCGAAGAGACGGCUCGCGUUCUACGGCGCGCUUUCGGCGCAUGUCGAUGACGUGGUGGAUAUGCUCAAGGAGAAAGAGGCGGACAUUGUCGCAGCGCGCGGGAGGUUUCUGGAGAGGCUGGCCGUGGAAGCGGAGGCGGUGAAGACGUGCUUGCACGGGGGGACAGACGAGUUUGGCAGGUCGCGGUUGCCGAGUCUGGAGGUUCCGGAGGCGGAGGCGGAGGCGGAGGCGGGGGAGGACGUGUUGGAAGAUGUGAUGAGCGAUGUGAGGUCGAUUGAAUCUUUGAUUGUUUGGUUUAGGAAGUGGAGAACGCAGUACCCGAAGGAAUAUGAAGAUGCGUUUGGAGACGCUGGGUUAGGGAAGCUGGCUGGACGGAUAGCUUUAGCGACGCAGAGCGAGGACUUGGAAUGGGUGAAAGCUCUAAGGGGGAUGGCGAGGGCGGAGGCACUUCGGGCAUCGAAGGCUGUGGAAACCGUUGCCGCCGGCAUCCGAGCGAGAUGGAAGCCCCGUGACGAAGAAUCAGGGAGAAGGUAUGCGGGAAGUGGCAGAGAAGUCGUGGAAGCGUAUGGAGAAGAAGGGAAGCGCGCGAUAACUGACGCAUUUCGGGAACGAAUGGGAUGGGAGUCGGAGUGCUGUCGCAAGGUGGGGAGCGCGACAGACAUGUGGAAAUGCGUGGAGGAGUCAGUGCGGGUGAUCAGUACGUUGAAGUUGGAUUUUGGGAUGGUGCAUCUUUUGAGGGCCGUGGAAGAGGAGGGGUGGGACACAGAUUUGUGGGAUGGGUGCAUGAAGGAAGCGGUACGAUCGAUCGCAGAAGACGAGGCGGGUGUGGUCAGUGAAGGAGGGAUUGCUCUUGCCAAGAAACUUCUUGCGGACGUUUCGCCUGAGGUGAGAAAAGCAACUUCAGAGACCCUUCCGUAAUAGUAUUACAUAUUAUGUGUUCAGUACUGUACUGCUACAGUAGUUGGCGAUCAAUGAUCUGGUCUCCCUUGUCCACAUGUCACUGUUAUGAUCGGUGAUCUUGUCCUAAGAAUAUUGAAUCAAUAUUAUGGAUC